AUGAUGGAAUCUGACCAAUUUUCAGAAGGGGUGAAGCCAAUCUUGGGAACUGGCCUUAAUAUCUCUUCUUUUCAGAAGAUUCUCACUGAAAAUGGGCAUGCGAGCACAGCACUUGCGGCGGCUGAAGGUAAUCCUUCCAAGCAGCACCGCGCGCCAGUGGCCAAGAAGCCCAUGACUCGCACCCCAUUGCAUCAUACAUCGCAGACACCUAGCGUCGUAGGUGAACCUCGCAGCCAGUGUGAGAAAGAGCAAGGCGCGAAGACCAGCGAAGAGAACUCUCACGAUGGCCUGUUUCACCAAGUCUAUGAGUGGCUUCAGCAAGAAAAAGUAAAACAAAAAAGCCGCCGGUCGAAGUUGAGAGGGACAGGCGAGGGUGUCGAAAGUGAUGGCGAUGACGAUUACUACGAUGGCAUUGUGGAUAAGACCGCCUCUCACGACUCCGAAAGUACAUUUGCUCUCGACAAGCUCGAAAAAAUCCUCGUUCGGUACGCCGCUUCCCGCAUUGAGGGCUCCUCAUCGGCCUAUCCACUACGGGGACCGACCCGCAAGCGUUCCCGCAUCAAGGGUCUGCGCAGAGGCUCUGCAUCUGAGUCCGACCAGUAUGAUCUUGACACGGCAGUUCCCGCUGUUGAUGCAGUACUGGACAAUUCCAAGACGCUCGCAUACACAGGCGGGACCGCCGAAGAAGACGAUCGGCGAUUGAAGGAUAAGGAAGCUUGGCUGACGUUCAAGAGCGAGAUUGUUCGCCUUGCCAUUACGCUUCAAAUCAAAGGUUGGCGAAAGUUUCCUCAGGAGCUGGCUGGCGAGAUUGAGGUAAUCAGAUUGAGUGGCGCCUUGACCAACGCUGUGUAUGUGGUCAAUCCACCAAAAUCCCUCCCUCCACCUAAAGGCGAAGAUGGGUCUUAUUCUCUUGUUCCCCGAAAAGCCCCGCCGAAGCUUCUAUUGCGUAUCUAUGGUCCGCAGGUGGAUCACUUGAUCGACAGAGAGAAUGAGCUGCAGAUUCUUCGUCGCUUAGGCCGGAAGAACAUAGGGCCCAAGGUACUGGGGACGUUCAACAACGGCCGGUUCGAGGAGUUUUUGGAAGCGCGUCCACUUACGCCCAAGGACUUGCGUGUUCCGGAGACCAUGAAACAGAUUGCGAAACGUAUGCGCGAGCUGCACGAAGGGAUCGAACUGCUUGAAGAGGAGAGAGAAGGCGGCCCGAUGGUCUUCAAAAACUGGGACAAGUGGGUUGAUCGCUGCGAGCAAGUCAUCAACUGGCUGGACAUGGAAAUUCAGUCUGACCACAACGAGGCCAAGGCAGCUUCGGAACCCUGGCGCCGUCGCGGAUUUGUUUGUGGUGUCCCAUGGCCUAUCUUCAGAAAGGCCGUCGAAAAUUAUCGGAAAUGGCUUGUAUCCAGCUGCGGAGGGAUCAAGGAGAUCAAGCGGCAGUUGGUUUUUGCGCACAACGAUAGCGAAUGGUGUUAUAACUAUCACGAUCCUGAGAGAGCCUGGGCGUGCAACAACCGACACUAUCCAACACCCGAGCAGCAACGCAUGUUCAUCGCCUCAUAUCUGACCCAUAGACCAGGAGUGCGAACGGCCGCUUCUCCGUCCAUCACUCCCCUCAUGCGAGGAAAUUCGGCGACCAUGGCCUCAUUAGCGCCUCUGGACCUCGACUCGAUGACCGAAGCAGACCUCCAGGGCCAGGUAGAGGCCGAGAAGUCGCAUGAAGAUAGCCUGGAGGCUGAGCUCCACUUCCUGAUGAAGCAGACGAGACUAUGGCGCGUGUUCAACUCUGCUCAGUGGGUUGCCUGGGGAAUUGUACAGGCCAAGGUACCCGGUAUGGAGGAGGGGAUUGCGGCAGCCGCAGCGGCGAAAGCGUCUAAUGGAAACGGUCACAGCAGUGAAUCAAACGGGUCAGCAGUGGCAGCUGCUGAGCAACCAGCGCAGCCUGCAGUCGACGCGGACGUGGACGAGGGGGACGAGUUUGACUAUCUUGCCUACGCGCAGGAUCGGGCGAUGUUCUUCUGGGCGGAUCUACUUGCGCUGAAUUUGGUCAGGGAGGAUGAGCUCCCACCUCAGAUGGUGGAGCAUGUCAAAUCUCGCAUGAUCGACUAUUAG